AUGACAUCAACAACAAAAAUAAAAUCUUUACCAAAUAUCCCAAUUCCAGAAAAAUUAAUAAAAAUUAAUCCUUUUAUAAAUGAUAAGACACCAGUUGAAUCAAACCUACUUUCAUUUGUUAGUAAUGGUCUAGAAUUUGAUGUUGAUGUUGUACAAAAAUUAUGUCCAUCAUCAAUAUCAUUUGCACAUUAUAAUAGUCGAUCAUUAUAUGUACCAAAUUCUGAUGUGAAACAUUCACCACGACCACCUCAUCGUUUACAACCUCUUCCAUUAAGUUUACCACAAGAAAGAUGGGAACAUGCACGUCGAGUUUUAAAACAAAAACCAAUUGUAGUUGAACCACAAAAAUUUCAACCACAACAAUCACUUUUCUAUAUGACUGAAAUCAAUGAAUCUGAUGAAUAUAUUAAAAAAUCUAAACAACAGAUUAGACAUUCACUUACUAUGCCUACUAUACGAUCAGAAACAUCCGAAGGAAUUGAUGAAACUAUGAUGAGUGUACGACCUGGUCAUGAUGGUAUUGAAAGACAAGCACAACUUAUAGCAGACAAAGAUUUUUCACAAAUGGAACGAAAUUGGGAUGAAUAUAUGUUUGAACAUUUAGAUCAGAAUACAGCAACAUUUAUUAUUUUAAAACAUGUACAUGAUGAGGAACGUCGAGCUCGAUUAAUUGAAUAUUUAAGAAAAACAUAUCACAUUACAAAAUUACCCAAUCCAUUAGAAAUGGAAUUAAUUCCAACAUACGAUGAUGAAGAUAAUGUAGCUGAACAAUCAUAUUUUAAAAAAUUAACUAGUCAAACAUCUAAAAAAGAUACUUCACGUGAUUUACAACAACAAACAAAGGAAGAAAGAAAAGAUGGUUUAUCAUCAAAAGUUCGUCCAGCUCAGCAAAUCGUUACAGGAAAUUCAUUUAUACGUCAAGAUCCAACAUAUUAUGAUGUAAUAUCAGACAAAAUAACAGAUACAGUUUAUCGAACAGAUCAUCCAUAUGAAAAAGCAAUGAUUCUCGGAACUAAUGCACAUCAACCAACAGAUGAACCUGGUGUUAUUGCUCUUUCGGAUAAAAUUCAAUUUAAUAAAGUUCUUCAAAAACAACUUCCACCUGAUCCGGAUUCAAUUGCUUCAACUCUGGAAAUUAAUUCAUCGGCUGCAUUUGAUCGACCAAUACCUACAAAAGGUUUACGUCGUUGGAAAGCUUUGCCUGGAAUCAGAAAUACGCAUAUACCUCGACCACCUGAUGUAAAUGAUUUAUCACUUUCAUGGCUUUUACCAUUAAUAAAUGAUUCUCGAAUAAAUCAUGCAUUAAAAUUAAAUACAACAAUUAGUCGAAUUAUUGAAGAAUGGAAACGUAGAUGGCAAGGUAGUAGUCGAUGGCGUGAUGCUGAUAUCGAUGAAUUAUAUCGUGAUUUACACGAUAGACAUCCACAUAUUCGUUUUACAGCUCUUGUUAUAUGUAGUCGAGCUGCUCAACAUCUUACACAAAAAGAAAUUGAUCUUGGUUUACAAGUUCGUACUCUUCCUGAUAAAUUACUUGACUCGAUUGAAGCUCUACUCGAUGAUUCUGAAGAACGUAUUCGAUCAGCUGCUGCUAUUGUUCUUGUAACAUUACGUCGUUUUUCUCCACAAGUAGAAAAAAUUCUUCGUUUAUGUAUUGUAAAUGGUCAUCCAGAAGAUAAAUUAACAGCUGCACAAUCUCUAGCUAGUGUAAAUAUCACAACAUCAGAUAUCAUACAUGAAUUAUUAAAAAAUUAUUUUGAUACUGAUUAUGAAUUAGCACGUGAACAACUUAUUUUCUCUUUAUCGAAAUUAAGUCAAGGAACGAAUCUCGUACAUAGUUUAACUGGUGAAUAUUUAAAUUCUGCUGAUGCUAAUGAUCGAUUGAUUGCUUGUAAACUUUUUCCAUUACUUAAAUCUCAACCAAAUAAAGAUAUUACACAAAAAUUAAUUUAUCUCAUGUGGCAAGAUAUGAAUAGUAGUGUUCGUCGUGUAGCUGGUCAAGCAUUAGGUAAAUGUGGUUGCGGACAAGCAGUGCAUGAAGAAGUUGUUACGCGUUUACAAAGUCGUUAUUGGCAAGAUCGUGUUGAAGCACUUAAACUUAUUGGUUAUCUUGGUGUUUUAACCGCUAAAUUAAUUCAACCAUUUUUAAAAUGUUUUAAAGAUGAUCGUGUUAGUGUACGUAUUCGUGCAUGUCGUACAACAUAUAAAUUACAAGCACGUGAGGAAAAUAUAAGAGAUUUACUCAUUGAACUUAUUGAAUAUGAUCCUAUUGAAAAAGUUCGAUAUGCAGCUGUUGAAGCUCUUGGUUUAUAUGGAAUGACGAAUAAAAAAUGUCGAAAUGUUCUUUUAUGGAGUGUUCGAUAUGAUAAAAGUCCAUUGGUACGAUCAGCAGCACCUAAUUCUAUUGUUUUAUUAGAAAAAGCCGAUGAAGAAAUUAUUGAUACAUUACAAAGUCGAUAUUUAGUUGAAAAACAACCAAUAGUUAUCCAAUCAUUAAAAGAAGCGCUGGAAGCUUAUCAUUGUAAUUUAAGUCAAGAUGUUCCAAUCAUACAAGAAAUUCGAAAUGAAGUUCGAAAAUUAAAUACAAAAGCUAUCAUAUGGGAAAAAAUAAUAAAUUUCGAAAGGGAAUUACGUUUUACAGCUGAUCUAGAACGAUUAAUUGCACCAUCGAUGGAUAAACCACCUACACCAUUCUUGACUGAAAAUGAGAUGCAAUCAUCGACUGAUUUAACAUAUUAUAUUCAAAAUGUUGUAGAUAUUAAUAAUGUACCUGAAAUUUGGUCACCGGAACUUUGGCAUCCUGAUAUGAAAACUGGUAAAAUAAGAAAACAUCGACUAACCAAUGAAAAACAUUCACCUGAUUUAUCAACGACAAUUACAACAGAAUUUGGACAACCUAGUUAUAGUGUUCCACCAAGAAAUAAAUCUUGUGGACAAGAAGAUACUGACCAUCUUGUUGAUUGUUCUGGUAUAUGUAUGAGCUAUUUAAAUAAAGAUGGUAAUGCAGCAGUAUUUUUAGCGAUUAAAAGUAAAAUAUUAUCAAAGGCAGGCAACGAUGAAUCAUCAUUGAGUUGUUAUGAUUGUAGUUCACAUAAUCCAGAAUGUGGUAAGGAUACAUCAACAUUAGUACACGGAUGUCAAACAUGUAUGGUCUAUCGUAACACUUUUGAUGCUGAUAAUGUUGUUCGUCGAUGUUGUACAUCAGGUUGUGGAUCACCUGGUACAAUUGGAGAAUUUGAUGGACGAAAAACAUAUUUUUGUUCAUCAAAUGAAUGUAAUAGAGUUGGUGCCGAAAAAGUACUUAGUAAUACAACAAAAUUGGACUCGACAUCAACUAUGUUAUCUUCUACAGUAACAACUACCUUAACUACAACAGUGACAACUACAAGUAAAACAUCAUUUUCUUGUUAUGAAUGUUCAGGUUUAAAUGAACAACCAUGUACGACAACUGCUCCAAAUUGUCCUAUGUGUAUGGUCUCUCGUAAUGAUGAUGAUCCAACUAAAUUUGAUCGACGUUGUUGUUGGUGGGGAUGUGGAGCACCAAAUCAAAUUACGGAAUAUUCCGGUCGACCAACCUAUUUUUGUAAUGCUGAUAAUUGUAAUGGACCUAAUAGUGAUGCUAGAUUCAAUUUUGCAUCUGUAAGUGCAAGUAGUACAACAACAGUUGCAUCGACCAUUACUACAACAGUACCAACGACGUCUACUGUCAGUUGGGAACCAUCAUCGUCUCAAUGUUAUGAAUGUUCAGGAUCUGACUGUGGCAGAGAAGGUUCUUCGAUGUCAAACUGUCCAAAAUGUAUGGUAUAUCGUAAUCCUGAUGAUCAAACAAAAAUUGAACGACGUUGUUGUUGGUGGAACUGUGGACCAUCGAAUUCUGUUAGUACUUACAAUGGAUUAGAAACAUACUUUUGUACGGGUGAUAAAUGUAACGGUUAUGGUACAGAAUAUGCUCUUCGUCCUGCAGUAACGACAACAACUGCAAGGACCACCAUAGCAAUGACUACAACAAUAGCUACGACGACAACGACAACGACUCCCAUAACUGAACCACCAUCAUCACAAUGUUAUGAAUGUUCAGGAUCUGAUUGUGGUAAAGAAGGUUCCCCGAUGUCAAGCUGUCCAAAAUGUAUAGUAUAUCGUAAUCCUGAUGACCAAACUAAAAUCGAACGACGUUGUUGUUGGUGGGGUUGUGGACCAUCAAAUUCUGUUAGUACUUACAAUGGAGUAGAAACCUAUUUCUGUACUGGUAAUAAAUGUAAUGGAUAUGGCGCAGAGUAUGCUCUUCGUCCUGCAGUGACAACAUCGACGAUAAUGACAACAACUGCAAUGACGACCACAACAAUGACCACAACAAUAGCUAGAACGACAAUGAUGACUACUACUACUACAACUGCUGUUACUACUGAGCAACCAUCAUCUCAAUGUUAUGAUUGUUCAGGAUCUGAUUGUGGUAAGGAAGGUUCAUCUAUGUCAAUGCACUGCCCAAAAUGUAUGGUCUAUCGAAAUCCUACUGAUCAAACAAUAAUUGAACGACGUUGUUGUUGGUGGGGUUGCGGACCAUCGAAUUCUGUUAGUACUUACAAUGGAAUAGAAACCUAUUUCUGUACUGGCAAUAAAUGUAAUGGAUAUGGUGCAGAAUAUACUCUUAGUCCUCCAGUAACAACAACAACAGUUACUACGAUGAGAACUUCAACAGUUACUAUGAUGACAACUCCAACCGUUACCAUGAUGACAACUUCAACUCGUAGUACUUCAGCAUUUUCAACAGCAACAACAGCAUUAUCAUCUACAGGAAGUUGCACCUUGAAUUGUCAGAAUGGUGGCACACCAGAAAUAGAAGAUGGCUGUUUUUGCUACUGCUUAGAGAAUACUAAUGGCCGCGAAUGUGAAAAUGUUGAUUGUCGACAACCGGAUGUCGACUCUGAAAUCUGUAGCCUUGAAAAUCAACCAUUAUGUGAAGAAAGUGAAACUUUUGCUUUCGAAUGCCAUCAUUUAUGUGGAAAAUGUUAA